AUGACCACCCCGCCACCGGAGGGCUACCGAUUCCGCGCGGGCCUGCCGUCGGACCUGGACGCCGUGGCGGGCCUCUACGACGCGUGCUUUGCGCGCGACGCCCUCGUCGACAUGCUCUUCCCCGCGCGCCGCGCCGCGCCGCGGGGCGACUUCCGCACGCACCUGUACCGCCACUUUGAGCGCCGCUGGUGGACGCCCGGAUGGGUGCUGGGCUUGCUCGUCGUGGAUCAUGGCGGGGGCGGAGGAGGCCAUGUUGUCGGCUUUGCGUGGUGGAGGCGGCCAGACGGCGACUUGGGUGUGUGGGAGCGGUGGUGUACGCCGUGCGCCUGGCUCGCGCCCCUGAUGCGCCUGUACGUCUCGCUCAAGAACCGCAUCCGGCCGACGGCGGUGCAGCCGCGGCCCGCCUCGGCCCUGGACCGCGUCAUGGCCGCCCUCGAGCCCCGGCUGCCGCGGCUGCGCCCCGACGCCUCCGCCGCUCACCCCGCCGCUGCCGGUGCCGCCGCCGGCGGCCAUGAUGCCCCGAGCUGCGGCGCCUGGUGGUACCUGUCGGCCCUGGCCGUCCUGCCGGCGCUGCAGGGCAAGGGCCUGGGCGCCGGGCUGCUCCGCCACGGCCUGCGCGACGUCGACGGCGUGUGCUACCUCGUCGGCGUCGCGGGCGUUGAGCGCUUCUAUCGCCGCCAUGGCUUUGUCGAGGUUGCGAGGGCUAAUGUUGGCGAGCUGGCUGCUUGGGACGGCGGUGCAGUCAUGGUCAGGGGCUGA